AUGGAAGCACCUCUUUGCUUUGAUCCGCACUUGGCCUUUUCAUCUUUUGAAAAGUUGUGCCAAUCCAAAGGUCUGGUUCUGCCAACAGCUGUUCAGCCUUUGACUCUUUCUAAUUACGAGACUCAAAUCUUAUACCUCAGCUCACUCGCUCUCGACUCUAGAUUCGCAUCCUUAAUACAAGCUACUCAUAGACCAAUUUUCAUAGACAUAGCAGCUCGAUGGGUCAGCAGUCCGUCUGUCGAGAAGAACUUCAUCCAGUCAACUAAUCCUACUGAUCCUCCUAUUGAUGGUUUUUACACAUUUAUCUCUAUUGCUAGAGCCAUUUCUAUCACCCCUGAGGUUCUCCCACUCACACACGAGAUUAUUAAAUCAACAUUAAUUUUCCAAAAUUUUAACACUCGUUACGAACAGUUUGGAGACCGCAACAUUCUGGAAUUUUUACUUGCCUUACACAGAUUAGUUUCUUUUGAUUAUGACGCGUUUUCUUCAUUUAUCUCUGCCGAAAUUUGUGAAAAGCUCAUUAGCCACCCAUGGAAUUCUAUUAAAUACCUUUCUAUCCAGCUGCUCGCUGCAUACCUCACAUCUUCAGACAAAAUUAGAAAGCAAAUGGUCAACAAAAAUAUUGGACAAGAUGUUCCUGUUAUUGGUCCAUAUGAAAAUUCCAACGAGAUUGAUUAUUUAUUUUUAAACACCAUCGAAGCCAAACGCAUCUCACUCGAGCGUAACCUUAUUUCUGAAAUUUCAGCCGAAACCACAAAUACUUUUGAAAUUCCCAAAAAGAAUCUUUCUCCCCUCGUUUCCAACCUCGCCGGCAUUCUUAUUGCCCAAUCAUCUUCUCAAUCUUACGAUGAUUCAAAAUUUGUUCCAACUACAGGUGCUGUAUCCAGUAUCCGGAAAAUUGCCACCGCUCUUCAUACAUCCAAACCCGUUUUAUUAACAGGCGAGGGCGGUUCUGGAAAGACAUUUUACUUAGAGGAAGCAGCAAAGUACUUUUCAAAAGACGACAGCAUUGUUCGUAUCCAUCUUGGCGACCAGUCUGAUGUCAAGAUUCUUGUCGGUACUUACUCCAUUGGUGACAAGCCCGGCUCUUUUGAAUGGCGUCCUGGUAUUCUUACUGUUGCCGUUAUGGAGGGAAGAUGGGUUCUUAUUGAAGAUAUUGAUAAGGCUCCUACUGAUGUUUUAUCUGUUUUAUUACCACUUUUAGAGAAAAGAGAGCUGCUAAUACCUUCACGUGGCGAAACUGUAAAGGCUGCUAGUCAGUUUCAAAUCUUUGGAACAGUCAGAACAGUCAACAAAACUAAUGGUGCGCCAAUAAUCCCUGAAAUCAUUGGAAAACGUCUUUGGGAACAGGUGGAUGUCACACCUCCUACUUUGGACGAACUCAAGCUAAUCAUCAGAAACAGAUUUCCCAUUCUUGCAAACUUUUCAGAAAAGUUUGUUGACGCUUACCACACAAUCAUCCAGACUUUUGCACAGGCCAAAUUCAUUGCGCUUAAUAAAUCAACACAGAAUAGACCAAUCACUUCUAGAGAUCUUAUAAAAUGGGCCCAUAGAGUUGAUCUUCUUCUACGUGAAAAUGGUGUCACAGAUCCCAACCAACCUAUAAAUUCUGCUCUUUACGACCACAUCUUUGCUGAAGCAGUUGACUGCUUCACUGGUUUCAUCCCCAAUUUUGAUGCAUCCAAGUACCUUAUUUCUAUAAUUGGUGAAUGCCUUGAAGUUCCAUCUCACCGCGUUGACCUUUUUGUUCAGAACCAUAUCCCUGUCUUUACAAAUUCAAAUACAAAUGUCACAAUCGGUCGAGCAUCACUUGAAAGAAAGCGACUUUUGUCCAAGGCAAAACAAAAACAAAAGGCACAGCAAAUUGCAAACUUUGCCGACACAAACCAUGCUCUAAGAUUACUGGAAAAGAUUGGCGUUGCGGUCGCUAUGAAAGAGCCAACUCUUCUUGUUGGUGAAACUGGUACUGGUAAAACCACUGUUGUCCAGCACUUGUCUGCACUUCUCAAUCGAGACAUUACUGUCAUUAAUGUUUCUCAGCAAACAGAAUCUAGUGAUCUUUUAGGUGGUUACAAACCUAUCGACUCAAAAACUAUUGCCAUGCCUCUCAAGGAAUUGUUUGACUCGAUUUUUGAAUCAACAUUUUCUUCCAAAAAGAAUGAAAAGUUUUCUGCAUUGCUUACAAAGUGUUUUUCAAAGUCUCAAUGGAGUAACUGUGUUAAACUUUGGAGAGAAGCAAUCAAACUUGCCCGUACUCUUCUAAACCCUCCUGAACCCGAAGAAAACGCUCCCAAGAAGCGUCGUAAACUUUCUGAGUCUGACGUCGCUGAUCUGCAGCAAAAAUGGAACAACUUUUCUGAGAAGAUUGACAAAUUCGAAGUUCAAAUUAAACAAAGCGACAAGUCUUUCUUAUUUUCAUUCGUGGAAGGUUCUCUGGUUCAAGCUGUCAGACGUGGUGACUGGGUCUUGCUUGAUGAAGUCAACCUUGCUUCUCCUGAAACCCUUGAAAGCAUUGCUGACUUGCUUGCUGAAUCACCUUCUAUCACUCUUUCUGAAAAGGGUGACGCUGAAUCUAUCAAAGCUCAUCCAGACUUCCGCCUUUUUGCUUGUAUGAAUCCUGCAACUGAUAUUGGCAAGCGUGAUCUUCCUACUGGAUUACGGUCUCGGUUUACUGAACUUUACGUCCACUCUCCUGACACUAACCGUAAUGAUUUACUUUCCAUUAUUGACAAGUACAUUGGUCACAUUUCAAUCACCGAUGCAAUGGUUGUCAACGAUGUCGCUGAUCUUUACCUUACUGCUAAACAGCUGUCAGAAUCUAACAGUAUUGUUGAUGGUGCCAACCAACGACCGCAUUUCAGUAUCAGAACGCUGUCCCGUACACUUACAUACUCAGCCAAGAUUGCGCCAAUUUACCAACUUCGUCGCUCUUUGUAUGAAGGUUUCUGCAUGAGUUUUUCCACACUUUUAGACAAAAAGUCUACUGAAAUUCUUUUGCCCAUAAUUGAAAAGUACACUAUUCAAAAACUGAAAAAUGCCAAAUCUGUCAUGUCUCAAAUUCCUCCCCACCCCAAGGACGACCACGAGUACAUUCAAUUCCGCCAUUAUUGGCUUAAAAAGGGUGCAUUUGAGCCUGAAGAGCAGCCUGAUUAUAUCAUCACUCCAUAUGUUGAGAAGAAUCUUAUGAACUUGACAAGAGCCACUGCUGGCGGCAAAUUCCCUGUUCUCAUUCAAGGUCCUACAUCCAGUGGUAAGACUAGUAUGAUCAACUAUCUUGCCAAGAAAACUGGCCACAAGUUUGUUCGUAUUAACAAUCACGAACAUACUGACUUACAAGAGUAUCUCGGUUCCUAUGUUUCCAAUGCCGAAGGUAAACUUGCUUUCCAAGAAGGUGUUUUGGUCCAAGCUGUCCGAAAUGGUUAUUGGAUUGUUCUUGACGAACUGAACUUGGCUCCUACUGAUGUUUUGGAGGCACUAAAUCGUCUUCUUGACGAUAACAGAGAGCUGUUUAUUCCAGAAACUCAAGAAAUUGUCCGACCUCACCCUGACUUUAUGCUUUUUGCUACUCAAAAUCCUCCUGGUCUUUAUGGUGGCAGAAAGGUCUUGUCUCGCGCUUUCCGAAACAGAUUUUUGGAGCUACAUUUCGAUGAUAUUCCUGUUACUGAGUUAGAAGAUAUUUUGACUCGCCGCUGCCGUAUUGCUCCCAGUUACAGUAAAAAGAUCGUUGAGGUCUACAAACAACUUUCAGUUAAUCGUCAAUCGACUCGUGUGUUUGAGCAAAAGAAUUCAUUUGCCACUCUUCGUGACUUGUUCAGAUGGGCUGGUAGAGAGGCUAUUGGCUACGAUCAGCUUGCCGCCAAUGGCUAUAUGCUUCUUGGUGAGCGUGUUCGCAAGAAAGAAGAACGUGUCAUUGUAAAGGAAGUUAUUGAAAAAGUUAUGCGCGUCAAACUCGAUAUUGAUGCAAUUUACCAGUCUUUUGAACCCACUGAAAUUAUCAAUGCUGCCUCAAGUGUUGUUUGGACUCAAGGUAUGAAAAAGCUUGCUGUUUUGGUAAGUCAGGCAUUGAGAUACAAUGAACCUAUUCUGCUUGUUGGUGAAACUGGUUGUGGUAAAACAACAAUCUGCCAAGUUUUGGCUGACGCUGCUGGAAAAUCUCUUCACAUUGUCAAUGCUCACCAAAACACAGAAACUGGUGAUAUUAUUGGUUCUCAGCGACCUGUCAGAAACCGAUCUGAGAUGCUUGAGAAUCUGCAGCAAGAGCUUCAGAAGCUUCUCAAUACCACUGGUACUCUUGAUGAGUUGCGUGAGCAAUAUGAGACUGCUGACAAGUCUUCUUUUGAUGAAGAGUCUAUCCAACAUAUCACCGAUUUGGAAAACCACUUGAAGAUUCUUUUUGAGUGGUCUGAUGGUAGUCUUAUCCAAGCCUUGAAGUUUGGCGAUUUCUUCCUUCUUGAUGAGAUUUCCCUUGCUGAUGACUCUGUUCUUGAAAGACUUAAUAGUGUUUUGGAACCUGAAAGAACCAUUCUUCUUGCUGAAAAAGGCUCUAAAGACAGCUCUAUCACUGCUGUUGAUGGUUUCCAGUUUUUCGCUACCAUGAAUCCAGGUGGUGACUAUGGCAAGAAAGAACUUUCUCCUGCUUUGAGAAACCGUUUCACCGAGAUUUGGGUUCCUUCAAUGGAAAACAUGGAUGAUGUUCUUCAAAUUAUUACUUCCAAGUUGGAACCUGCUCUCAAGCCUCUCGGUAAUGUUCUUGUCCAAUUUUCCGAAUGGUUUGGUCAGACUUAUGGUGCCGGUGAUGCUUCUUCCGGUGUUAUUUCUCUGCGUGACAUGCUUGCUUGGGUUGGCUUUGCCAACAAGCUUUGUGACUCCAUUGGUAACGAGCUAAGUAUUCUUCAUGGCGCAUCAAUGGUAUUUAUUGAUUCCAUUGGUACCAACUCAACUGCUGCUCUGGCUGAGACCCCUGAGCUGUUAAAGGCCAAAAAGCUUGAAUGUGUCAAGAAACUUUCAGAACUUUUGAAGACUGAUCUUACUUCUUCUUAUUUGGAGAAGUUCCUUGUCAGUGUCACUGAUGAUAAGGUUUCAGUUGGCCCCUUUUCUCUUGAACGUACUGCUGCUGCCUCCAAGGUCUCUUUCAAUCUUCAGGCCCCUACUACUGCAAAUAACGCCAUGAGAGUUUUGCGUGGUAUGCAAGUCAAGAAACCCAUGCUUCUGGAAGGUAGCCCUGGUGUUGGUAAAACUAGUUUGAUUACUGCUAUUGCCGAAGUCACUGGUCAUAAACUUACCCGUAUCAAUCUUUCUGAGCAAACUGAUUUGAUUGACCUUUUCGGUUCCGAUUCACCUGCUGAGGGAGAGGGUAGCAACCAGUUUGUUUGGAGAGACGCCCCAUUUUUACAUGCUAUGCAAGAGGGUGGUUGGGUUUUGUUGGAUGAAAUGAAUCUUGCCAGUCAGUCUGUUUUGGAAGGUUUAAAUGCUUGUCUUGAUCAUCGUGGUGAAACUUAUAUUCCUGAGCUUGAUCGCACAUUUAAAUGUCACCCAGAGUUUACUGUUUUUGCUGCUCAAAACCCCCAGUAUCAAGGUGGUGGUAGAAAGGGUCUUCCCAAGUCAUUUGUCAAUAGAUUUACUGUUGUCUACAUUGACGUUCUUUCCACUGAUGACUUGAAAAUGAUUUCUCAGUAUCUUUACCCUAAUAUUCCUACAGAUGUUAUUAACAAGAUGAUUAACUUUAUCCUUGAACUGGAUACUGAAGUUUCUGUUAAGCGCAGCUUUGGUCAUAUUGGCUCUCCAUAUGAAUUUAACCUUCGUGAUACCAUGAGAUGGCUCAAACUUCUUACAACCCAAGAUCCUCUUUCUUCUAAUUAUGGUCCUGAAGAGUUCAUUGACAUUAUUGCGAAGGAUCGUUUCCGUACUCAAUCCGACAGGGAGUUUGUAGAAAAGAUUUAUACCAAGCACUUUGGACCUUUUACUAAGCGCUCUGACUUUUUCCAAAUUAGCGAGGAGUAUGUCCAAGCUGGUCAUAGUUGCAUUGUUCGUGACUCUUUGCGUGAGCCUACUUACCCCCAUGUUUUGCCACUCCAGUGCAAUAUUCAGGCUUUGGAAACAGCCAUCACUUGCGUUAACAACUCUUGGCCCUUGAUUAUUGUUGGUCCUACCAAAUCCGGUAAGACAAAUCUUAUUCGUUAUCUUGCUCAAGUUACUGGUCAUGAACUAGAAGAGUUUGCUAUGAAUGGCGAUAUUGACAGCAUGGAUCUUCUUGGUGGCUUUGACCAAGUCGAUAUGAACCAAAAAUGCUCCAAGCUAAUUCAGGAGCUUAUUGAGAUUUGUCUUAAUGCCACCUGUAAAUUUUUUGGGGAGUUUGCUGCCACCGAAGUUGACCCUAUGUUCGAGCUCUUAACUUAUUUGAAGGUUGUCAAGAUUUCUCCUGAAACUAUUGAUAAAAUUUCCAGUACUUUGCCUAAGGUUAUUGAGCUUUGCCCUGAUUAUGCCUCUCAAAUUGCUCCUCUUUUGGAAAAAAUCAAUGAUGUCAAAGAGAAGCUUCAUAUCGUUAACCAAGCUAGAUUUGAAUGGUUUGACGGUACCCUUUUGCAGGCUGUUGAGAAUGGCAAGUGGCUUGUUUUGGAUAAUGCAAAUUUGUGCAAUCCUUCUGUCCUUGAUCGUUUGAACUCACUUUUAGAGCCCAAUGGUUCUUUGAUUGUAAACGAGUGCUCUCUUCCAAGUGGUGAGCCCAGGGUUGUCACGCCUCAUAAGAACUUUAGACUUUUCUUGACAAUGGAUUCUAAGUAUGGAGAGUUGUCUCGUGCUAUGAGAAACCGUGGCGCUGAAUUGUAUUUGGAUUCUAUUUCCACUAGAGCCACCCCUUUUGAUCGCCAGCUUCUUCAGAUUGAACAGCCUCAAACAACUGAACCCUUGGAUUCACAACUUUCAUCUCUCUCAUUGAAGUCAUCGGCUCUUCCCAGUUCUUCUUUUAUCAAAGCCAGUGAUUCUUUUUCUAGAGCGUUUUCUUUACUUGAGGACUCUAAUUUGUUUUCUGAAACAAUGAAUUCUUUCUUGACUUCUUUGGAAUUGAGCUUGUUGCCAAGAAACUAUGCUAUUUUCCUGAAAUCGUGGGUCUCUAAUAUUUUGAGUCUUGAUUACUACACCGCUACUGAGCGUGAACGUAUUUCUUCUUUUUCCUCUUACGUUUCUUUGGCUCUCAAAACGCCCCUACAGUCUACUUUGGAUACCAUUUUUGGCGACAAUGAGCUUCCUGAGCCUAUUUCUAAGUCUCAGUUUUUUAAUCCUGUUAUUAACUCAUAUGUCUCCAGCAAGGCUAAGGCAAACAAGAAUGGCCUUACUCCUUCCGAUGUUGCUGUUAUUUUGUACUGCAUUCCUUUGUUGAAUCAGAUCAAGCUUGCCUUGGAAAAGUGCGAGUCUAAUGUUCAUACUUUAAAGCCUUCUUCAUUUACUUAUUUGGAGCGUGCUGCUGCCAAGCAUUUUGAAAAGCCACUGAAAAACCCUGCCAAAGUUGACGUUUAUUCUAUGAUUAACGUCAUUUAUCAGUUCAUCUCUAGUGUUGUUUACCAGUGCAUGACAUCUCCUGUUUCUGAUCUUACUGAACCUUUGUUUUCUUUGGUUUUACUCCUGCAAAUUGGUGUUGAUUUGACUGCACUAUCUUCUUCCAAGACCACUGAUGAAAGUCAACUUCCCGUUUACCGUGACAUUUUAGAUGACUGGUACAAUAAGAGAGGUUCUGCUGAGAUUUUCGCAACGGAAGACAGCAAACUAAAGAGCGCCAUUUCUGAGUUUGGUUGCCAGUUGGACCUUACUUCUGGCACUUCAAUGAAGCUUAUUUGGUCGCAGUGUCAUGAGGAAGUUCCGUCAUCUCUUAAUUCAUGGACCAGAUAUGAGCGUGUGAUUUCGGUGGCUCAAAAGUUUGAUUCCGUUUCAGCGUCUUUAUUCUCCAAUUCUAUUGACACUAUUCGAUCUCUUCAGUCAGCAGUCAUUCAAACAAUCAAUGCAGCUUUGAAGUCUGACAGUGAGAAUAUUGAACUGGAUGAUUUGAUUCAGAAAUUAGAAUCUGGUAUUGAUACUCUUCAACAACAAGCUGCAAAUUUUGAGGUUCAAAGAAAGCAUUACUUUGACAGUGGAUUUGUUCACAUUUCCCAAAUCAUUGAACUUUCUUCACUUCUUGAUCCUUCAAUUAGAAAGGAGGCUUAUCGUAUUCUUGGAAAUAUUUCUUAUAAUUCCAAGUAUUCUACUUACCAUCUUUCCAAAUAUGAAAGACAAAAUAUUCAGUUUCCUUAUGCUCCUUUGUUUGACACUCUUUGGAAGUAUGAAGACGGUGAGCUUACCGCAUCAGCCGUUGAUUUUGUCAAUAAUGGAAUUGGUCAACUUCUCUUGUCUUACACCAACAAGAUUGAUAAUGUUGCAUCUCAGGAUCGUAACCAAGCAAUUUUGGAUUUCCAGACCCUUACUGAAACUGUUGUUUCUCAAUCUCAGUAUCUUGUUAAGGAUCAUUUGAAUCAGUUUUCUCAGCUUCUUUACCUGACUAUUUUGCAAUUUGUUGAAGUUCAUUCAAUUUCCAUUACCGGAUUGCCUACCGACGUUUCUGCUCUCUCUUCAGAUGUGAUUUCUCAGCUGUUCAAUAACAUUUCUCAAUCAGAAAACACAAAUUUUGUUUUGGCUUUUGAAAAGUACAUUUUGAAAGCCUUGAAGAACUUGACCGACUCAUCAAAGGUUGCUGCUGCUCGUGCUUGGAUUUACUUUGCUUUGGGCAUGUUGGUUCUUUACGUUCCAAACAUUCCAUUUGAUCCUGCCAUUCACCAGCAUGUGGCUUUUGAUCGCUCUGUUGCCCAAAAGUCUCUUUCUGAGGAAGUUACUUCUUGCUGGAGCUACUUGAAGUCCAUUUUUGUGAGCCCUGAAAACUCUGAGCUUGAGAAAUGCUGGGAGAAUCGCAUUCCACAACCUUUCUCAGAAGAUGCACCUACAAUUUACAGACCAACAGCCUCGCAGAUUGGUGCCAUCUAUGAUGAGUGGAAUUCAUUGCUUGCGAUUCUUCCUGAGUCUCUUGUCUUGUCUCUUAUCGAUGAAAAUAAUGAUGUUUCUUUGCAUUUGGAUCAAAUUAAGAAUCUUCAGAGAAAUACUACUCAAUUCAUAUUGAGAAUGAACUCCAAUUUUAAACAGUAUUCUGAUAUUACUUCUCUUCUUAAUUCUUUCGUUUAUGCCAUGAAGCUUGGUCUUGACAUUUUUGCCAGCAUCGAUCGAUCCACUUCUUUCAAGCCUUAUAGUCUUAUUGAUCCCACUCAGAUCCUUGAUUCUAGCAAGCUUUUGGAGAUUUUCUCUCUUAUUAAGAACGAUGUCACUAAACUUCCUGAUGACAUUAGCAAUCCUCUGUUGCUUUGCCUUCUUGAAACUACCAACUUGAUGCACAAGACUAGAAUUGAAAGCGACAAGUCAAUUAAGACUCAAUCAGAUUUAGAUGAGAUUAUUGUUUUUGUUUUCCGCUCAUUCUAUUACAAAUGGUCUUUGACCAAGAUGCGCGAUGAGACUGCAGAAGCUGCUAAGCAAUCUGUUUUCCAGGACAAUAGCGAACAAGAGGUUGAGGACGAUUUCAAGCGCAUGUUCCCUGACUAUGAAGACGUUCUUUCUUUGGAAGAUUCCUCUAAGCAUACAAGUGAGGAUAUUUACUCUGACUUGGUUCAAAUCUAUCUACAAACUUUUGGUGAAGGUUCUAUUUCCAUUUCUGAAGUUACCUUGCGCAAUGUCAAGUUUUUGCAGGAGUAUUGCAAGACCCAUGCUCAUCAAUUUGUUUCUGACAAUCUCACCAACGUUCUACCGGUCAUUACUACGCUUCUCUCAAACUCCAUUAAAGGCCAAGAUUCUUCUGAAUCUCUGGAAAGCCCCUAUGACUUCUACCACUCGCCUCGUCCCGAAGAGACUGUCAAAUUCACUACUUUGGCUCUUAAGGUUAAGGCCCAGAUUGACAAGUUCCUUGAGAUUUGGCCCGAGCAUGCAACUCUGCAGCACAUUGCAGCAAACUGUGAGGAAAUUCUUGCACUUCCUCUUAUGUCUCCUAUUGCUCGUUAUUUGGUUAUGGUUGAACAAAUUUACGAGCUGCUUGAUGGAUGGGAGAAAUCUGCCAGCAAGGACUACUCUGUCAUGGCCAUUUCUCAAGAAGUUGCCAAUGCUAUUGUCAGCGUUCGCAAGCUUGAACUUUCUUCUCUUCCCAGACUUUUGGAUCUUGAAGAAGUUAACGCCAUCAAGGAAAUGAGCAUGCAGUGGUUUACUCUCUUUGAGCUUUUGCUUGGUAACACCUCUCAACUUGAUGAGGAUAAUGAAGAAUCUACCAAGUUGGCCGCCAGCAUUGUUCAAAACCUUACCACUUUUGUUAGUCGCUCCAACUACGGCCAGUUUGACUCUCGAUUGAAGCUUUUGGCUGCCUUUUCUGAGCACACUAACCAGCUUAGUGAGCAAUACUCAGUCUUAGCACAAGUUUCUGAAAGUAUCAAGAACGUCAUCAAUUUUUACGAACCUCUAUCUAAAAAGGUUUCUGCUCACAUUAUAGAUUCGAGAAAGGCUCUUAUGAAGGAGGUUAAGGAUAUUGUAGAUUUGGUCAGAUGGAAGGACACUACAGUUCUUGCUUUGAAACAGUCUAUUAAAAAGUCACAUUAUAAGGUUCACAAGGUUGUUAGAAAAUACAGAGAUGUUCUUUCGGCUUCCAUUGAGCCAAUUGCUUCCGCUGGUCUAGACCAGCUUCCUGAAGCUGAUGCAACUGCCCUUAUCACUUUAGAGCUUACUCCUACUGCUGCAUAUAACAGUAUCACUAAGCAUCUGGAGCUUGCCAGGAUGAUUCCUCAGUGGAAGUCUCGGUCUACUCAUCUUUCUGAUGUUGAACAAACCGCCAAUAAUAUGCACCGGUUUAUUUUGAAGGUUCAAGCUGAGGAGCUUCCUGAUCUGGAGGACUUUGCUACUGAGAUUAUUUCUGAUAUGAAUCGCCUCAGAGACGCUACUCCUAAGGUUCUUAAUGAAGAAACCAAGAAGGAAGUUUCUACUUUGAAGAUGCAAAAGAGCAAUCUUUUGACGACCGCGAUCAAGGAACUUAGACGUAGUGGUCUCAAGACUACUGUUCGUGCUGACAUUAAGGAACGUCAGGCCUUGAUGACCAGUAUUAUGUCUUCAGUUCCUUCUCUUACUGGUGCUCAAAUUGGAAAGAGCAACACUUACUUUUACAAAAUUAUCGAUUUGGUGCCACGGUUGCGUGUCGCUGCUAUUUCUUCUGAGAGUGACGCCCCUCAAGCCGAUAUUCAGCGAGGUUUGGCUAUUUCGGAAAAUAUUUUAUCAUUGAUUUUGCAGCAACGUAGCACUGUCGCUACAUUAUUGGAAGGAAAUGAAUCUCUGGAAACACUUUUGGCUGCUCUCAAUUCUGUGGCUGCUCUUUUGAAUGGAGAAGACAAGAUUCAAAGUAGUCAUUUACUGCCUAUUGUUCAAUCUUCUAGUCUGGUAGUUGCUUGGGUUCCUAAGCUUAUGUCGUUUGCUGUUGAUUCUUGCAAGAGCGCUUCGUUUAUUGGAAAGAUUUCUUCAGUUGAUACCAAGGUUUUCCAAAACAUUUCUGAGACAUUUGUCGACUUAGCUGUUAGAUUCAAGCGCUACCAGCCAUUGCUUUCCAAUAAAUUGGUUACUCAAUCAACUGAAGAACUUAUUUCGCAGCUCAAAUUUGAACUUAUUUCUGCAAUUAGUGAACUCAAUAAGUGGCAGAGUGCCCAUGUUUCACUUGCAUUUGUUGGCCAAGUUGUCAUUCAAUGGAUGCAGGAGCAGCUUACUUAUUUGGGCUCUCAUAUUGAGUCCACUGAUUCUGAAAAUGUCCCCACCCUCGAGCUUUUAGAAGAGAAGGUUAAGACAAUCAGUAAAUCUUCCAUGGUUGUUAUUCAAAACAUUGUUGGAACAACUUCCGAGGAAAUUACCACUGAGGCUGAUAAUUGGUUUGUUAAAUCUCAAACUCGUCUUGGCAAUUAUCCCCGCCAGCUUCACCAGCAAAAGAUGAUUGACCUUAUUCGUGAGGUCAUUCACAUUGUUGCCAACAUUUCUUUCAAGUCACCUGAGAAUUCGUCUAAGGCCAUUGCUUUGAUUGGUACUCUUGUUCCAUUUUUCAAAGAGUACAAGGUCCUUUGUGAUUUGAUUCAAAACAAGCUUCUUCACGCAAUGAACCGCAACAACAAAACGUUUUACAUCUUGAUGGGCGCUUUGAACAGCAUUUCAACUAAUGGUUUCUGUACUCCUCAAGAAGAAUCCAAGGACGACAACACUGAAACCACAUCUAAUGGUACCGGUUUGGGCGAUGGUGCUGGUGACGCCAACUCCAAGGAGGACAUUGAUCAAGAUGAGGGUCUUACUGAGGAUGCUCAAACUGAGAACAAGGAACAGGAGAAGGAUGAUGCCAGAGAUGAAAAUGAGGAAGAUAAUGCUGUUGAAAUGGAAGGUGACAUGGCUGGCGAACUUGAAGAUGCUUCCGACCAAGAAAAGUCUGAUGACGAAGAAGACGACAAGGAAGAUGAGGAGAUGGACGAGGAAGUUGGUGAUGUUGAUGACUUGGAUCCUAAUGCUAUUGACGAAAAGAUGUGGGAUGAAGAGGGCGACGACAAUAAUAAGGAGAAGGAGUCCGACAAGGUUCCUGAAAAUAAUAAUCAAGACAAUCUCCAAGCCAAUGAAGAUGAUGGCGAAGCCAACGAAGACAACGAAAACCAGGAUGGUAAAGAUGGAGAAGAGUCUAAGGAAGGAGAUGAAGAAAAUGAAGAAGAAGAAGAAGAGGACGAUGCGGCUGAGCAAGAUGAUGCUGUUAAGCAUGAUGAAGGCGAGCAGCUUGAGGACAAUAUUCCUGAGUCUGAAGUUUUGGAUCUUCCUGAGGAAAUCAACCUUGACGGCGAUGACGGCAAGGAGGAGGAGAAUGACCAAGACGACGAGAUGGAAGAUGUGAAUAUGGAUGAUGCUAUGGAUGUUGACACUGAGGACAAGAAGAAGGAGGAUGAAAAGAAUGAUGAAGAAGAAGGUGCCAUGAGCGAAGUUGAAGGGGAGGAAGAUAAGGACCACCCUGAAGCAGAUAAGGAAAACAAUGAGAUGGAGGUUGAUGGUGAUGAAGGUGAUGAGGAAAGAGAAGAGGAGGGUGAGAAGGAUGAAGAUGGAACUACCGAGAAGGAUAUUAUGGAGGAAAAUGAAGAGAAUGAGGACAAUGAAUCCGGCAAGCCCCAGCAAAAUGAGAUGGAAAACAACAUGGAGGGUCUUGAUGGUCCUGAUCAAUCUGUGGAUGACCAAACUGCCAACGAGGAGAAUGCUGUUUCUCAAGAUGCAUCAGCCAACAAGGGCGAAGGUAGCAAUUAUCAGACUGAAGAAGAGCAAGAUAACCUCGAGAACAAUGGCGGAGCCUCGUCUUCCAAGCCCGAGGAAAACAAUAGCGAGGACAAGGAAGAGGAGACUGUAAAUGAUGAGGCUCGUAAGAACGUGGAAGAGUCAAUGAAGCAGCUUGGUGACGCGCUUAAGGAGUACUAUGACCGCAAGAAAGAUAUCAAGGAAGCCUCUGAUGACCAACAGCAAGAGAGCGAGGACACUUCGGGAGCCAACCAGAACCCCGAUGAGUUUGAGCACGUUGAUGGCGAGAGCUCUGCGCAUGAAACACAAGCUCUUGGAUCUGCUUCGCAUGAUCAUCGCCAACGCAUUGACGAAACUAAGGCAAUUGAGGAGGAGGAGCAGGAGGAUGUUGCUGCCGAGGAAAACCGUGAAGUACAGGAUGAAGAGAUGCCUGAUACGCAUGAUGAAGAAGCACCUACAGGUGAGCAAAACACAGACAUGUCUUCGCACGCACAGUCAAUGGUUGGAGAGCGGAUGCGCCAGGAUGACGACGAAGAAGGUGGUGCAGAAGCCCUGCACGAGGUUCAAGAUGAUGAAGAUGUGGAGAUGCGAGAUCCAGACGAUCCUUUGUACGAUGGGGCUGAGCCUGGGUUUGAACCUGCGCGAACUAUUGAGGAAGCUCGGGAGCUUUGGCAGACGAAUGAGACAGUUGUUCAAGAAUCUGCACUUGCAUUGACAGAGCAGCUGCGAUUAAUUUUGGAGCCCACUCAGGCGACCAAACUGCGGGGCGACUUCAAGACUGGUAAGCGACUCAACAUGAAGCGGAUUAUUCCGUACAUUGCCAGUCAGUUUAAGAAGGACAAGAUUUGGAUGCGCCGUACUAAGCCGUCGAAACGCCAGUACCAGAUUAUGAUUGCUGUUGACGACUCCAAGUCGAUGGCCGAAUCUCAAGCUGCCAGACUAGCGUUCCAAUCAAUUGCGCUCAUUUCAAAAGCUCUGACACAGUUGGAGGCUGGGCAGCUUGCGAUUGCACGGUUUGGCGAGUCGACGCAGGUUGUGCACCCAUUUGAGCGACCAUUUUCUUCUGAUUCUGGUGCUCACGUGCUGCAAUGGUUUGGGUUUGAACAGACCAAGACAGAUGUGAAACAACUUGUGCAGAAAUCUAUUGGGCUAUUUGAGGAGGCCGAGGCUCGAGGGUUCCAAUCUGGUGGCGGCGAGCAAUGGCGACUGGAGAUUAUUAUUUCUGACGGUAUGUGCGAGAGCCACGAGGCCUUGAGGAGAUUGGUACGCAAAGCAAGGGAGGAGCGGAUCAUGGUUGUUUUUGUUGUUGUUGAUGGUCUUAACAACCAAGGAUCGAUUUUGGAGAUGAAGGAUGUGCAAUAUGAUGGAGAAACUGGUGAGAUGAAGAUUGAGCGGUACUUGGACCAUUUCCCGUUUGAGUACUAUAUAAUUGUGAAGGAGAUUCGUGAACUUCCCAAUGUUUUAUCGCUUGUAUUGCGCCAGUUCUUUUCAGAGGUUGCAGAGUUGUCUUAA